ACUUCCCGCAUUGGCAUGUACACCUUCUAGCCUCCUCAACUAUCCAGGGAAGUAUCAAAGAGGCUCUUGUUUCUUUAGGAUAACAGUUAAUCUGGAAUGCAAGGGUUUCAACCACCUGAUCCUUCAUGAUGUAUGCCACCUAUUGGGCAUCAAGUGUACUGCAUGCACCAAGCAUCCUCUUUUUCGCUUCCAAUCACAGCAGUACACGUGCGUCGAUAAGCUCCGCGGUGGACUAUUUGCAAUUUGGACUAUAUUGGACUUUUCACGUUUCUUUGGACUAGACUCCCGGACCAGCCUGCCGCUUAUUUUGGACUACAUAAUUUUCUGUGUCUCUCUAUGAUCAAAAGUGAUAUGUUGCUUGGAUUAUAGAAUCACAAUACUGAACCACUGAAAUCAUGGGGAAGAAAAAUAGUAAACUACAACCGGACCAGCUGGAGGAACUUUCAUACAAGACCCACUUUACAGAAGAGGAGCUAGUCCAAUGGCAUAAAGGAUUCAUGAAGGACUGUCCUGAAGGAACCCUCACCGAAGAGGGCUUCAAGAAAAUAUACAAGAACUAUUUCCCAUUCGGGAAUCCUUCAACAUUUGCCUCCAUGGUAUUCCAGAUAUUUGACGAAAAUAAGAAUGGUACAAUAGAAUUUAGCGAGUUCAUCAUGGCUCUCUCUGUGACGACAAGGGGUGAUGUUGAUGAGAAAUUAGAAUGGGCGUUCCGAUUGUAUGACAUGGACAAUGAUGGGUACAUCACCAGACAGGAAAUGUUGCAGAUAGUCAAUGCCAUUUAUGAAAUGGUGGGAUGUGAGGAGGGUAAGCACACCAAGUUACCAGAGGACGAGAACACGCCAGAGAAACGAGUCGACAGAAUAUUUGAUAUCAUGGAUAAGAACAAUGACGACAUGCUGUCAUUCGAAGAGUUCCGAGAAGGUUCAAAGGCCGAUGCAUCCAUUCUCCAAGCUAUGACAAUGUACAAUGGGAUGCAGCUCACGUGAUCCUCACGCCAAAACAUAAACAAUCGAUCUGGAUCCCGGUGUAACAUUUUUGGUUGUUCGGCAUCAGUGUGGCCCGAUGCAGAGAACUUACAAUCGAAACACAGAGAGAAACCUAAUGAGUGACGAUUCGUUUUUAGCACCCCCGGCCUGACGAUGAAGGGAACACUGGGAAAAUGAGACACUCUCAUGUUUACACUGUCUCGCUACUAAGCAAACCUCGGGCCCCGCGAACGACCAUUCGGGAGCUAGGUAUAUACCUGUACGGACGGCAACCUGCUGCAACCACAGUCUGAUUUCAAAAGGAGAAUCUAAGCAUUGACGUUGGUUCACAUUGCUAAAAUCUUCAUUGUGUGUAGUGCCGAAGGAAUGUGAGGAGUGACGCUUAUCGGCAACUUCGUGAAACCUGUCUGGUCCACGUGGCUCAUACUGGUCAUAGCCUCGCUUUAACAAAGCUCAUUUAGGGAUUAUACAUUUGUACACUCGUGUAAAUACUAUCGUCCGAUGGUUCUUGGCCGGGGCCUUCAAAAUAAUCGGGAAACUAUGUAUAUAUCCCGGUAUAUAUACAUCGGAGAGAACGUCCCCACCUCAUUUAGACUGGUAGUGACUCCUAGUGGCAAAGACAGAACACUUGGGGUCACAGACUUUCCAGUUACCUUGACCUCUGUCAAUGUCAGCGCCCAUGGAACCACACCUUUCUUUCAGAGAUGUAAAUAGUGUACUAAUUAGCAUAUAUCGUUCUUCGACCGGUUUUUAUGAUGUAAAGUUCGGUUGUCAUCGUAAAAUAUUCACUUAAAUCAUUGUUAAACCACUCAACAGUUUUUCUCAAACGGCAAAUAGUGCGCGAUUUGGAAGCAAGCGUAGUGACUUGUUACCAACUCAUGGUUGUACAUUUCUGAUUUUAUUUCGUCAUCAUUUUUAUUGAUGUUCACAUAUAUCAUUACAAAAUGUCGGCCGUUUAACUUGGGAUAAAGAAAGCAGUUUUAUCCUGAAUCCCGAUGAUUCAGGUCUGCACACUGCUGGUCUGGCGCAUCGUCUACGAUGUAAGGAAAAUGUGUUGAGGUAAUGAAGAAAAACAUGUUACACACAUAAAAAAUCUUACGCGUGUACAGUGUACUUACACACAAGUUCACCUCGUCUCCGGGUUUUGGGGGGUUAAUCAAUGUAAUAGAACGUUGUGCAUUUCCUGCACGGUAUUCCUGGAGGCGUUGCUUUUUUUCUUUACUCGACCUUUUCUGAGCUGCAGCUGUAAUAACAGUACGAUAUCAGGUUGUUGAACGUUUGCUGUUGUUUCUAUGUUCUUUACCGAUGAAAUAAAGCUCAGGUGGCUUGGAAA